AUGCAGGCUCCUGUAGUGGUCAUGAACACCCAAAGCGGUGAACGGCAGACGGGUCGCAAGGCCCAGCUGUCCAACAUCGCGGCAGCCAAGACUGUCGCCGACAUUAUUCGAUCAUGCCUUGGCCCCAAGGCCAUGUUGAAGAUGCUCUUGGACCCCAUGGGCGGUAUCGUUCUGACCAAUGACGGCCACGCCAUCCUCAGAGAGAUCGAGGUCUCGCACCCCGCAGCAAAGAGCAUGAUCGAGCUCUCCCGGACACAAGAUGAGGAGGUCGGUGAUGGCACAACGACGGUCAUCAUCCUGGCUGGUGAGAUGCUCGCGCAGUCUCUGCCCCAGCUGGAGCGCAACAUCCACCCCGUCCAGAUUAUCGCUGCAUUCCGCCGGGCGCUCAAGGAUGCCCUCGAGAUCGUCGACGACAUCUCCCUUCCUAUCGACGUCAACGACGACAAGGCUAUGCGCGGCUUGAUCUCCUCUUCCAUCGGCACCAAGUUCGUCUCGAGAUGGUCCGACUUGAUGUGCGAUCUGGCUCUCCGCGCAGUCCGCACCGUCACCUGGGAGGCCGGCAACGGAAAGACCGAGGUUGACAUCAAACGGUACGCGCGUGUGGAGAAGGUACCCGGUGGCGAGAUCGAGGACAGCAGGGUGCUGGACGGUGUCAUGCUCAACAAGGACAUCACCCACCCUAAGAUGCGCCGGAGAAUAGAGAACCCCAGAAUCGUUCUGCUCGACUGCCCCCUCGAGUACAAGAAGGGCGAGUCGCAAACCAACAUUGAGAUUUCCAAGGAGGAGGACUGGAACCGUAUCCUGCAGAUCGAGGAGGAGCAGGUCAAGUCUAUGUGCGAGACUAUCCUGGCUCUGAAGCCGGACCUGGUCAUCACCGAAAAGGGCGUCUCAGACCUCGCCCAGCACUACUUCAUGAAGGCCAAUGUCACAGCCCUCCGCCGAGUCCGCAAGACGGACAACAACAGAAUAGCGAGAGCGACGGGUGCUACCAUUGUCAACCGUGUUGACGAUCUUCAGGACUCUGACGUCGGCACGCUCUGCGGGCUGUUCGAGAUUGAGAAGAUUGGCGAUGAGUACUUUACCUUCCUCACCAAGUGCAAGAACCCCAAGGCCUGCACAGUCCUUCUCCGCGGGCCGUCCAAGGAUGUGCUCAACGAGAUCGAGCGCAACUUGCAGGACGCCAUGGGCGUUGCCCGCAAUGUUAUGUUCAACCCCAGACUGUCUCCCGGUGGAGGUGCCACUGAGAUGGCCGUCUCCGUGCGGUUGAGCCAGCUCGCCAAGGGCGUCGAGGGUGUCCAGCAGUGGCCGUACAAGGCCGUGGCCGACGCGCUCGAGGUUAUCCCCCGUACUCUCGUCCAGAACGCCGGUGCCAGCCCUGUCAGAGUGCUGACGGACCUCCGUGCCAAACAUGCCGAGGGCAAGCAUUCUUGGGGUAUCAACGGUGACUCCGGCGUUGUUGCGGACAUGAAGGAAUAUGGCGUCUGGGAGCCCGAAGCCAUCAAGUUGCAGAGCAUCAAGACGGCCAUUGAGUCCGCCUGUUUGCUCCUCAGAGUAGACGACAUUUGCAGCGCGAGAAAGGCGGCGCAAAUGGGCAACGGCCUCCACGGCGGCGACGAAUAA